CGCAUCCAAGAGGGGAGAGAGAGACUAGAGAAGUAGGGCAUCUACACGGAGAUUCGAGGGCGUACAAGUUUCCCGGAGGGCUCGAACUUGAUUAUCUACCGCUGUAAUCAACGAGAAAACGAAUUAAACUAACAGCAAUCCAACAACAUCGAAGAAUUGCUAUGGGACAGCAUUUUAUGAUGGAUGGAUUGUUUUUACAACGCGGAAUUCGCGUUGUUCGACUGCCCUGUGGAUCUUUGUAAUCACACAAACAAUACUCAUGUGUUGAUUGUUGUUGUAUUUAAACGUUUGGAAUCGUCGACCAUUUAAAUUAGUGUUAGUCUGUUUACAAUCCGGACGGGAAUAAAGGCAACGAAAUACAUUGCUGUGUCAGGUGGUGGCUUCUCAUAGGCUACGGGAGAAGAAACUCUAUUCUCGCUGAGUACUGGAUUGAUAAACAAUAAUUAUACACCUGGACUUGGAGUAGUUUGCGAAGCAGAAUUCUUUUCAGGUACCUUGGGUCUGGACUGCUGGAUUUGUCUUUCAGAGUUGACCAGAUUUAACGCAACUCUUUCGGCCGGGCUCAUACGGAGGGGAACGUUCAUGGAGGUUAUUGGUGGGACCCGCUAGGAUGGACGUGGUUGAUGAAACCGAAGCGUUACAGAGAUUUUUUGAGGGUCAUGACAUCACCAGCUCCCUGGAGCCAGCUAACAUUGAUACCAGUAUUCUGGAGGAGUACAUCAGCAAGGAGGACGACAGCACUGACAUCUGUUUCUCAGAGGUCCACAGCGGAGCCCCAGGGCCGAACUCCUAUUCAUCACCCCAGGCCGGAGUGUCCUCUUCUGGGGGUCUGCUGUGUGGCGUGAGUCCCCCUAUUCCCCUCCGCCAGGGGAACCCCCAUCACCAGCCCUGUCAGACACCCUAUCCCCCGCCCCUGGGCCUGCACAGACACAACACCUACCCCUGUCUGGGGCAGCAGAACCAGCAACAGAACCAGCAGCAGAACCAGCAGCAGAACCACAUCAAGCCUGAACACAGAGGCCACUACACACCAGGGACGCUCCCGGAGUCACCCCCAGAUUCCAGUUCUGAGCCCUACUCCCCUCAACAGGUCAAUGACACCCAUAUGCUGAGGACCAUGACACCAGAAAACAUGUGUCAUAUGACCCCUCCGCCCCCCCUCCUCCCACAUGGCCACAGCUAUCCCAGCAUGCCCCGGGACAUGUAUCUGAAGCCCGAGCCAAUGAUCUCACAGUACCCCAUUGGCCCCACCUCCAGUGGGAGUGGCCCGGACAUGCAACAGAAUCAGAUGCUGCAUCAACUACUGCAUCAACCACAACAGCAAGGACAAGACGGUAUACCAGUCCACCAAGCGAAGAAGAGGAAACAUUGUGACUCUCCCAACAACACUCUGAACGCUCAGAUCCUCUCAGGUAUCAUCAAACAAGAGCCAGUAGACAUUGUUUCUGGCCCAGGUUUGAUGGCAGAUGCAGACAACUCAUACCUGGAUCCCAACUACCAGUGCAUCAAGUGGCAGCCACACCAGCAGAACAAAUGGACGACACUGUACGACGCCAACUGCAAAGAGCUCCCAAUGCCCACAUACCGCGUCGAUGCAGACAAGGGCUUCAACUUCUCCCUGGCGGACGAUGCCUUUGUGUGCCAGAAGAAGAACCACUUCCAGGUCACAGUGUACUGCGGCAUGCUGGGAGAUCCCAAGUACAUCAAGACCAGCGAGGGCCUCCAGCCCAUCGACUGCUUCUAUCUGAAACUCAAUGGGGUCAAGCUAGAGGCCAUGAACCAGUCUAUCAAUGUGGAGCAGUCCCAGUCUGACCGCAGCAAGAGACCCUUCAAACCUGUCCUAGUGACACUGCCCCCAGAGCAGGUCACCAAGGUGACUGUGGGACGACUACACUUCAGCGAGACGACAGCCAAUAAUAUGAGGAAGAAGGGGAAACCCAACCCUGACCAGAGGUACUUCAUGCUGGUGGUGGCGCUACAAGCCCAGGCCCACAGUCAGAGCUUCACGGUGGCCGCUCAGGUGUCGGAGAGGAUCAUCGUCAGGGUAACCUCUGCGUCUAACCCAGGCCAGUUUGAGAGCGACAGUGAGGUGUUGUGGCAGCGAGGCCAGCUGCCGGACUCGGUGUAUCACCACGGCCGGGUGGGCGUCAACACCGAUCGGCCAGACGAGGCCAUGGUCGUCCACGGCAACCUGAAGGUCAUGGGGUCGCUGGUUCACCCAUCCGAUAUACGAACAAAAGAGAACGUCCACGAGGUGGACACUACUGAUAACCUGAAGCGGAUCAGUCAGAUGAGACUUGUUCACUAUCAGUUCAAACCUGAGUUUGCCUCCAGUGUUGGAAUUGACAUCAGCCAAGAGACUGGAGUCAUAGCCCAGGAGGUGCAGCAGAUUCUUCCCGAGGCUGUGAAGGAGGGAGGAGACAUCAUCUGCUCUAACGGAGAGACCAUCCCCAAACUGCUGGUGGUGAACAAGGACCGUAUCUUCAUGGAGAACGUUGGGGCAGUGAAGGAGCUGUGUAAGCUGACGGACAACCUGGAGACUCGUAUUGACGAGCUGGAGCGCUGGAGCAGGAAGCUGGCUAAACUCCGCCGCCUGGACAGCAUGAAGAGCAGCGUCAGUGGUGGCACCGUCAGCCAAUCGGGAAGCCAGUUCAGCAGGUCAGGAAGUGGUCCCCUGAAGAAAAAGACGGUCAAACCUGGAAGCAAGACUCCACCCCCAGAGCAGGGCUGUAUCAGCCACAGGUUUAUGCAGGGAACCAUUCUGGCUCUGGUGGUUGUCAUGGCCUUCAGUGUCAUCUCCAUGUCCGUCCUGUACGCGUUGACACUACACCACAGAGGGGACGUCUCAGAGAAGGAUGGUCGUGUUUCUUCCUGCUCUUUCUACGUCUCCUGGAUCCCCUUCUUCACUGCAACUGUCACUGUUUGUCCACAACUCUGUCCAUGGACCAGGUCUGCAGUGGAAUCCUCUAGAAGUGCCAACUUCUCUCCUCAGACCACUGUCCUGACACCACAAGAUUCCGUUCCACCAUUUCCUUCAAUGUCCAAUCCUGCAGCUUGCUGCCCGCCUACAAGUGCCAUAAACAACCAAUCAGCAACUGCCUUUUUGCCUAACAACAACCAGUCUACAUCAGAUCUGAGCGGUCCGGUUCCGACGCCGGGCAGCAUCGGAAAGAAGGCCAAGUCCCGGCCCGUUGAUAAGGAUGGGCGCUACCGGAACCGUCUCAGCCACACCUCCGCCCCCAUGUACCUGGCCAAAGCCAAGAGGCCACCCCCUGCUGGGGACCCAGGGGCAGGAGGGGGGGGGGCCAACCGGCUGCCAGAACCUGGCGGGGGCCAGCAGAAUCUGCCCCGGAGACAGCGCAGGGAUGACACUCACACAAGCACGGAGGGCAACAGCUCAGAUUCCUCUGUAAUCGACCUCCGCAUUCUGGAAACAAACCAGCAGAUCUUCUCACACCACUGUCCACAUCCUGACAGCUGCAGCUACACCGUGUCACUCCAAUCAACCCAUAACUCCAGCAUCACACAGAUCACACUGCACAUGACAGCCAAGGCUUUGGUGUGGGUGAGACAGUGUGGUGUGACCAGGGGUCGCCUGUGUCCUGACCACACGGAGACCGAGUUGGACGGUGGACAGAAGACCGUCACCAAGGGGACAGAUCAUCUGUGGUCAGUACCCGUGCUGUCAUUCCAGGAUGUCACCUAUCACUUCAGAGUUGCUGAGUCUAGUGCAGUGAGUUGUGGCGGAGAGGAGAACAACUCCGCCAGCAACACUCCACCAUACUCUGACUACCACUUCCUCAUUCAGAGCAGCUGCGCAUGACAAGACAGGGAACCUAGCAUACAAGCUGGUUUAUCCUUACUACUACACAUCCUGAGCUGACCCCAGGGUUUCUAAACUCCUACACCUUUUGAACUGACCCCAGGGUUUCUAAACUCCUACACCUUUUGAACUGACCCCAAGGUUUCUAAACUCCUACACCUUUUGAACUGACCCCAAGGUUUCUAAACUCCUAUACCUUUUGAACUGACCCCAUGGUUUCUAAACACUCACACCUUCUGAACUGACCCCAUGGUUUCUAAACACUCACACCUUCUGAACUGACCCCAGGGUUUCUAAAAUCUUACACCUCCUGAACUGACUCCAGGGUUUCCAAACUACUAAACCUUCUGAACUGACCCCAGGGUUUCCAAACUACUAAAUCUUCAGAGCUGAACCCAGGGUUUCCAAACUACUACACUUCUUGAUCUGACCCCAGGGUUUCUGAACACCUACACCUUCUGAACUGACCCCAGGGUUUCUCCUGGUCCUAUCACUCUAGCUCUUUGACUCCAGUCCAGCCGGACUGUGUAGAGAACGAGCAGUAACUCACCAGGUCAUAUACACUAUCUGAACCUGUGAUUUCCAAUGCUUUCUCAGUGGAGGUUGUAUAAACAGUCGAGAUGAUCUGUCCCGAUCCAUGAUAGGUCAGUUUUUACCAUCAAAAAGUUCAGAGGAGCUGAACUGGACUGGCCAGCACAAAUGUUGGCCAAUCAGAAGGUGUAGGAAGGGCAUCAGUCAGCAUUGAUUCAUUCUCAUUUGGUGUCUGGUAGGAAUGCAUGGGAUUGCCAUGCCCAUUAUAUCUUAAAAAUAUAUUUCUUGUUGCCAAUUUAUAGUUUUAACUUUUUUUGUAUUUACACUGUUACCAUUCCUUACAACUCUAAACAAACGAACAAACUGAUGGUUUCAUGUAGAAUAACUUAUUCCCCUUUGUGCUGUUGAGAGACAGCCUUAGUCAGUUCUGCUAGUGUUGCAGAAACUUAUUUCCUUUCUCAAAAUGUUGAUCUUAGAGGUGCAUGACUAUGUUAUGGCACUGGUGUAUUCUGGGUCUGGAUCCACUGUCUUAAAAGUUAUAUUUAAUAAUUUAGGUAUAUGACAUUCUUUAUAAUUCAUCUCUGACUGUUUGAGUUUCCAAAAUAAUAUGCCUUCAAAUCACAGCUGUGGAGUCCACACACACACACACGCUCACAAACACACACACACGCUCACAAACAGGAUUGAGAAACACUGACAUAGAACUCUUAAUGGUGCAAACAGUCUGCUGGAUAAUUGUGUGUGUUUGUGCGUGCGUGCAUGUGUGCGUGCGUGUGUAUAUUUCUUCAGACAGCUGUCAUUUGAAACUCAAACACUACAUCAGAUUGUUUAGGACACAUUCAUAAAUGUGAUGAAUAUGCACAGUCAGGAGCAUCCUUUAUGGGUCCCUGCUUUUAAGAGUACAUGGGACUAAUGACUCAUCAUGCCUGAUUAGACUGGACAGCAAAUCGCUUACACAAGACUCAUUACACUGGUUUGAGCUCAGCAGCUGCACUGUAUGUUCUGGGACACUGUACUAGGACCAUGGAAUUAGUGUGAUCCUAAUUUUCUGAUUCUAAUUCUGUACACUUUACUGGAACAUUGAAACACUGGUACUGAAACUAUAUAAUUAUUCUAGUUCUAUGAUUCUGGAACUGCAUCAUUAUUCUAGUUCUAUGAUUCUGGAACCAUAUUAUUAUUAUAGUUAUAUGAUUCUGGAACCGUAUCAUAAUACUAGUUCUAUGAUUCUGGAACCAUAUUAUUAUUCUAGUUCUAUGAUUCUGGAAACGUAUCAUUAUACUAGUUCUAUGAUUCUGGAACCAUAUCAUUAUUCUAGUUCUAUGAUUCUAAUUCUGUGCCUGAAUGGAGAACAGUAUACACUGUAGGAUCACUGUAGCAGCUGAUAACUGAAUUGUUGUUGUCUGAUACAAGAACACUGGAAACUUCUUUACACUGUAACUUGGCCACUGGAAACUUCUUUACACUGUAACUUGGCCACUGGAAACGUGUACACUGUAUCACUCUCACUAUAUGUAAUAGUUUGACCACUAGCAAAUUAAAUAUGUGGGUUUAAGGAUAAUAACUUUGUUAGCAUGUAUGUCUGUUUUAUUUGUUUGAAUUUAAGAAGAUUGGAGAUCUCUUUCUGCUCUCAAUCAUGAUGUUGAAAACACACAUUUACAUUUGAAUGAUGUUUUUUAAACCACUUAUGCCUUAUCUGACUCAACAACAAAAAAAACUUUUUUUUAUCUUUCUCGCAAGACAGAAGCAGCCAUGAACUUUAAUGAUUUAAUGCUGUUCAUGUGUGAGCCACCGUUUUUAGACAUUCUUUGUUUAAAAGAACAGAGGCGGCCAUUUUGUGACCUGGUCUUGUGCAACUCGAGGAGAAAAAGGUUUGGCGCGUGGCCAUGAUAGCAGCCCUCUGAAAGAGUCAUGGAUUUUAUACACUGGACUAUUGUAUUAUUAUAGCCUGUCCAUUCAUUGCUCUGGAUCUAUGCAACACGUUUUGUCUUCUCUUCCCUGACUGGAAACAACAGCCAUUCACAAAGCCAUGUUGAUAGAGAUUUUCUCUGGAUAACCCAGCUGUUCACUUGUAUUCUUCCAUUAGCAUACAGCUUGCAGUGGUUCCUUACUCACUGACUACUCUGAUUUACUGUUAACUGCUUCUUAAGUUAUGCAGUAUUUUGUGUGUAAUAUGUGCAUUGGUGAAUCACAAAGGACCCUUUGGGAUUCAGAACAUCCCUGUUGACCUAUCAUGUAUUCCAAAAUCGAAUAUAAAAAAUAUGUGAAAAUUAAUAUACUUGAUUGAAGAUUACAUAAUAUGAUGACAAUGUACUAUAGUAUAUUUCCAGUAUGAUUUUUGUUAGGCUAUCCAGCAGUAGUUUCCUGUUGUAGCUUAUUUAUGCACCAACCAGCUUUCCCAGUGAAACCAGCAUAGCACUUCUAGUUUUGCACUGUACAUAUGAACUGCCUAAUGCUCUUUCUGGUGGUUCCAGUGGUUUCAAAUGGUAUAGAAAUGCAUUAAAUGUUACCGUGUAGCUUCAUUUUGUAACAAUAUAUGCUCAUUUUCAUGUUGUUUUAUCAUUAUAGUUUUAUGUUAUUUGUGUGUCAUUAAUGUGUCGUUGCUGUUAUACCGUAUGUCACCAUGGUUACGUUAUGAAAAUCUGUGCCUAUCAAAAUCACGAUUAGGCUUUUACUUAUGUCACUCACAGACUAAGAAUACACAUGCAAUUGAGCACGCCACAACAUUUUAACUUUAAAUUAACGAUAAAAUCAUUCAUUUUCAAAUAUGUUUUAUUUCUAUAAAUCUUAUGGAUUGAAGCACUUCAGAACACUAAAUACUUUACGUAUAUUUGAUUAAGAAUAUAUAAUGCAGUCACUUAUUCCCCCCUAUUCUCUUAUUCCUGCAUUUUAACUGUUCUUUACAUAUCUGUGCUUUUUAGUACUGCCUCUAGCUUUGUUUUUAAUACAUGAUCAUAACAUAUAUUUUUUAGUCUUAUACUGUUUUUGUCUCAUUUCCUGUUGAUGUUGUUAUAAUAUGAAUGCAUUCAGUAAAUAAAAUAUUGAUUGAAAACAA